AUGUGCCUGGCUGGGUGCACACCCCGCACGGCGGCGGCGCCAGGACGCGGAGCGCUCCCCGGAGCCCGGCUGCCUCGCUCGGCUCUGGCGACCGCGACCAUGUUCCAGCCCACAGCCAAGCGCGGCUUUACCAUCGAGUCCUUGGUAGCCAAGGACGGCGGCACCGGCGGGGGCUCUGGCGGCGGGGGCGCCGGCUCCCAUCCCCUGGCGGCGGCCGCCUCGGAGGAGCCACUCCGGCCCACGGCGCUCAAUUACCCUCACCCCGGCGCGGCCGAGGCGGCCUUCGUGAGCGGCUUCCCCGCUGCCGCCGCCGCCGCCGCCGCCGCCGCGGGCGCCGGUCGCUCGCUUUACGGUGGGCCCGAGCUUGUGUUCCCUGAGGCCAUGAACCACCCCGCGCUGACCGUGCACCCGGCGCACCAGCUGGGCGCCUCCCCGCUGCAGCCCCCGCACUCCUUCUUCGGCGCCCAGCACCGGGACCCUCUGCACUUCUACCCCUGGGUCCUGCGGAACCGCUUCUUCGGCCACCGCUUCCAGGCGAGCGACGUGCCCCAGGACGGGCUGCUGCUGCACGGCCCCUUCGCGCGCAAGCCCAAGCGGAUCCGCACGGCCUUCUCGCCCUCGCAGCUCCUGCGGCUGGAGCGCGCCUUCGAGAAGAACCACUACGUGGUGGGCGCCGAGCGGAAGCAACUGGCCGGCAGCCUCAGCCUCUCGGAGACGCAGGUGAAGGUGUGGUUCCAGAACCGGAGGACAAAGUACAAGCGGCAGAAGCUGGAAGAAGAGGGGCCUGAGUCCGAGCAGAAGAAGAAGGGCUCCCACCACAUCAACCGGUGGCGCAUCGCCACGAAGCAGGCCAACGGGGAGGACAUCGAUGUCACCUCCAAUGACUAG